CUGUCGAGUCACGUGGCAAGCACGCGGCGAUUCCCUUUAAACUGCGAUACAACGUGCUCACUCAGUGUCAUGCAGCAACCGCCCCGAGGCGUCGCCGCUUUAUCUGAGGCCGAUCCCUCCCUUUCCCUGCAGGCGGCGCUGCUGUUCAGGCUCUAGUAACCGAGAGCGGACCCCGGAGUGGCCGGAGGACGGAGAGAGGUCGCCGGGAGCUGAGGCGUUUGAGAUGAAAUGAAAUAAGGGAAUGGCGUCUUACAACCAAGUGGAAGAGUUGCGUCUGCUAAAUAAGUCUCUGCUGAAACGUCUGACCAUAAAACAGGACGCGGUUAGGAAACAGCUCUCUGGUGACUGCAGCGCGCCUUCCGUCGUCCCAGGUGGAGCUGUAGCCAAGGACUGGAACGAGGAGACGGCACUGAAUGGAUUUGGACAGUUUCAUAUGAAGAAAAGUUUAUUUGGGGACCAGGACACAGAUGUUCUGAGCACGGAGUGUUCCUCCACAGCCGCCAGGAGAGCUCUUUGUCCUCCCAGAAAAAGCGCUGGCAUGAGGCAGAGCUCCGUGGAUGCUCAUUCUCAGCCGGAUGACCGCGGGAUGCCAGGACGUGAUUCCAGCGCUGGUGUGAUCACAAUCGGCUCUCCUAUCAGACGUCUCUCAGUCCUGAAUUCUACUGCUGUCACCCAUCCAAGCGACGUUGGGGACACCAGGGCCUUCUCUCUUGAGUACAUAGACCGGCUAGUAGAUGAAGGCAACUUGAGGUCCAGAGAGCACAGAACGCCAAAGUCUAUUCUCCUCACCCCCAACCGGACUUCCAAGAGAGAUCCUGGACACGUCACCUUCCCGUCAGAAGAUCCUGCCACCCACGUGGACCAGCGUUCUGCCCGUGCGCUGCUGGGCUAUGACUGGAUAGCCGGACUCCUGGAAGUCAACUCUCCGAUUACCAACCAAUCUGACCAGUUCUUCUCGGAGAUUGGCGAGUUCCGGCGUGUCAACAGAGAGGAGUGCGUGCACCGAUGUUUCUCCGAAUCAGGGGCACAGGACUCCGAGGAGGAGGAAGAAGUGGACGUCUCGCUGGACACUCACCGAUGUGUAUAUUGCUACCGAGUGAACCAGCGAUUGUUCACGUCACCAGUCGGUCCUGAAUCUGCCUGUCCCAUUUGUAAGAAGCGCAGGGGCAGGCGCCACGCCGCGCUGGACGAGCCGGCUUAUAUUCGGGUGAGCAUCCCCAGGAGCACUCUGCUGCCUCCCUAUAAAUACAGAGCUCACCGGAGAAAGAGCUUCGACCCCACAGACAGUGUCGCCUUGCCAUCGCAUUGUUUAGCUGGAUGGGAGAAUGCGGUGCCCUCCUGUGAUCUCCGUGUCACCAGCUUGGACCUGAAGACCUCAGUGGAUCCGAGUGUGGUCACAUCAGGAGCUGCCGGCGACCUCAGCAUGGAUAGCGCCUCUUACUACGCUUCCAGGGCGCGGUCGGAGAAUCUGCUGAAUAUGUCCCGCUCCAUCGUUUUCCACCACAGUAAAGCCGUGUAAAGUCCCAUAUAUGGAGGGGGCUGUACCCUGCAGACUGUCCCCGUAUCCCGGCCUCAGGGCGGUACACAGUGUGACUAUAUACGUGCUAUAGGAGAUAUGCGCUGCGCCCUUUCCAUCAUCGGAGAAAGGAAAACUCCGGACUUGCUGUUACUAGGAGCAACUGCUGCUGCUGACUGUGACUCGGCUGUGAGAGACUGUCAUGGAGUUUGUUUUAUUUGUUGGGAGAUGGUGGUCCGGGUUUUGUAAUUUAUUACCGAUACACUUCUUUAUUUCGGGCAGAAUACAUAAUAAAGAAGAAAUUUAUAUAUA